GACACUGCUGAGCUAUCCACGGCUGUCGCACAUGGCUGAGACCUGGGCAUAGGCUCGACUAUCAGGUAUGGGGGCGCCGCUCAGCCGGAACAUGUGCUGCUCCAUCCGGGAGAAGGACGGCAAGGGGAAGCCCUUAGGCAUGGAAGCGCCGCAGUUCAACUGCAGCGAAGUGGAGCUUCCGCUGGCAGAGCCGCGGUUCGUGGCCUUUUCGCCGCUGUGGGCGGGGAACAGCGGCAUCACCAAGCGCAUGGCGGUCGCCUCCUCGACCACGGUGCACGUGUAUCGCAUCUUGCCCGAAAGCUCCAAGCCUGAUGUGCCAGUGUCUUUGGAGAGUACUUUGGAAUUGGAGGACAAGCACCGGGCUACCGCACUGAUCUUUCGGGACGAGGAUCUGGCGCGAGCGUUUGUCCUUGCCUACGGCCCUCAGAGCAGCCCAGGUGCUCCACACUAUGUGCGCAUUUGGUCCUGCGAGCCCACAGGCCUUCCCGACCCGGGGCACUUCAGUCCUCCUAGUAGCGCUCCACGCGCGCUGACCCGGGAGGGCUUUGUGACCUCUCUUGAGGACCAUGUGGCGCCAGUGCUGCACUUGGCGGCCACCAACACCUACUUGGUGUCCUGUGACGCCUCCGGGGAGUGCAGAGUCUGGCAGAAGAACAGGGCAUGCGCCUUGCGCGCCACCGCGCGGCUGCACCAGGGCCCUGUGCUGGAUCUUGCAGUGGACAAGAACUUUGUUUACUCCUUGGGUGAGGAGCUGAGUCUGCGGAUCUGGGUGUUGUCGGAUCUGAAGCAGGUGACCGUUGUGCCCAUGGACUCGCUGGAGGUUUCCUGCCUGGGGGAGGUCCUGGCCCUCCCGGCGCUCCCGGCGAGCUCGCAGGAUGAGCGGGAUGGCAAAGAGACCAAAGAGAAUCCGUUGACGUUUCGCCUCUCGCGGCUUUCGGCGCUGAAGCGCCCGGUGUCGAGAUGGUCCGGGGGGCAGGCCACAGGCCGGGCAACCGCCAGCGUGCCGCGGGGCAUGCUCUUCGUCGCCGGGGUCAUGGCAAAGGGCCAGCAUGUGGCCGGUGAGGAUGCCGGCGUGCUGAUGGAGUGGACGCUUGGACCUACGCCCAUGUGCCAGAACGCCAUCAUCGCACACGAUGUACCCAUACAGACCAUCGCCUACGGCCCCUUCGACAACGGCCCGCUGAUCACCGCCGAUGCCAAGGGCCAGUGCUGUGUCUGGGACUGCUCUCCCAGGCUGUGGUGCUCUCAGAAGAUUGAGGGCACAGGCGGCCUCGCCAAAGUCAGCGUGGCCUCGGAUCCCAGCAGCAGCUCCCUGUACUCGGUAGCCGGCGAUCGCAGGCUGAUGGUUUGGCGACAAAGGGGCACUUUCUCCACGGGCUUCCGGGACGAGUGAGCCGAUCGCUUCGCGGAAA